UAAUGUUUGUACUUGUCAGUGUAGCGGUAUGUCUGUUUGUAGUUAUAGCACUUGUUUGGACUAUGCCCGAUUUGCAAUCAAAUGUCAGAAAUGAUCAAAUAUGUCUUCCUAGUGAGUUUGGAACUCUAAAAUGUGGUUCAACGGCUGGUUUAUUACACGAGUAUCUAGAAAAAACAAUUGCAAAGAAAUACGACGAAAUUAAACAGGAAGAUGACAAGCGACAACAAGAGUACCUUGAUAAGAACAGAGUCCGAUUAAUAAGUAUCUACGACAAGGCAUUCUGGGAAAGGAAACCCGCCGCAAAACUCACUGGAAAAGAACAACCUGCCUUAAGAAAAAGUAUAACACAAUGUAUCUUAUUAGAUGUUAGAUAAAAAUGUUAAGAAAAUAAUAGACAAAAUCGUCAAUAGAUAC